CCCCUCUGGCUGCCUUCAUCUAGGCUUCCCCGCGAGAGAGCGGGAGCGGUGGCAAAGGGAGAGGGCCCCGAGGAGGGGUGCGCAUCCCGCGUCUCACUGGAUCUUUUGGUGUCCCGUGGAGAGGAUCGGAGCCGCGGCUCUGUGGUGGCUGCCGGAUCUUUGCCUUUUAAGCCUCUUGUAGGUGCUUAAUGCCCUUUAUUUCUUCCUCUCUCUGCCUUAGCUGCGUUCCAUCAGAGCUGACACCGGGAAGGCAAUGUUUUCAGGAUGUCAUCAGGCAUCCAAGUAAAACCAAAGACUGCAGGACAGAAGAGCAAGACAUCUCCUUUGCCACAUUCUCCACAACCUGCAACUAAACCAAAGCCUAGUGACAAGCUGAACCCUAAAACUAUUGAUCCGUUUGGUGAUUAUUCUCGACCAACUUCUGCAUUUGCUGCUAUAUAUGCUAAAGGUGGCAUUCCGUGCAGGUUAGUGCAUGGAUCAGUAAAGCACAGACUGCAAUGGGAAUGCCUUCCUGAAACUGUUCCCUUUGAUCCUCUUCUUGUAACAUUGGCAGAGGGUCUGAGAGAAACAAAGCAUCCCUAUACGUUUGUUUCAAAGGAAGGCUUUAAAGAAUUACUUAUGGUUGAUGGUGCUACUGAAAAAGCAAUUCCCUUAUUGCCUCGUCUAGUUCCAGUCUUAAAGGCUGCACUGGCCCAUUCAGACGAUGAAGUAUUUGGAAGAGGAUUGGAUGCUUUAGUUCAACUGAGUGCUGUGGUUGGCCCAUCUCUUAAUGAUCAUCUUAAGCAUCUACUCACAAAUCUUUCAAGGAGAUUAAUGAACAAGAAAUUUAGAGAAAAAAUUACUGUUGCUUUACAGAAGUUGGAGCAAUAUGGUGGAAAGGAAAUUCAAGAGAAUGUCUCAGUAAAAUAUUCCAAGGGAUCCAUCCAUACAUAGGAAUUUGUAUGGCUGGACUCUUACAGAACAGCACACCAAGCCCCAUUCUGGAGACCUCUAUUUUUUGGAACAAAUGCACAUACAUGUGAAUUCCUGCCUAUGAUAUUUGCUUGGAACAUUUUAUUGUCCUUGGUGGGAAGUUUAUACAAACUUAGUAGUUAAAAGAAAUACUUGCUGCUCCUUCAUGAAAACUCUCUUUUUCUCUAGCAAGAUUUUUUUUCCCACAGGGUUUGAACUGGUGUGACAAACGGGUUAGUUGUGUGGGGUAAGAUCCAGGAUGCCUAAGUCCUUACUCCAAGUAAGGCAUUGCAACACUUCUUAGAAAGUUAAUGCUUAUGCUGAGGAGUAAAGCUUGUGAGCUCCUUGUACAGUCCAUAGGGUAGGCUAGCUGCCUAUGAAGAAUGAUUCAGGAAUUCACCAAAUGUCAACUAGUAAAUAGCUUCCUUGCCUGUCUGGAAUAUUGACCCCUGAGUCAGGCUGGAUUCAGGCUAUGCAUUCCUUU